AUGCCUUUGCGGGAACGUAUCGGGAAAGUUCUUCACGGAGGAAGAUCUGUGAGAGGCAAAGACAAGGCUGAUGCAGCGUCUGAUGAAGGACUCUCCAAACCCAAGGCAGACCCAACUGAUGGUCCUAUACUAUCGCAUGCGAGCUCCGCAGAUUAUCUUCCUACGGCAGCGGAGGAUGCGAGACGAAAAUAUCCUCAGAAUGAACGAUCCAACCUUGAGCCGGGUCCAACCGUUUCUACGCCAUUGCACAACAGUCCCGUCGUUUCUUCAUCUGCGAAGGACUCAAAGCCAACGAACCUCUGGGAUGAAGCUUACGAGGCGCUUGGAGCUAAGUACCAGAAACUUAUAAAUGCUUACGAGAGGGACCUGCUGGCACCGCAGGAUCCACAUCAGCAAGAUGCAUUCGACAGUCAAACGUUAGCAGGCCGAGGAGAAAUACUAAGCGGUAGAGGCGCGGACCAGGAAGAGAAGCUCCAAAGGCUGGUUGAUCAAAAGCUCCGAGAUAUCCAGAAUGCUCGACUGAAAGUUUCUGUAGGCAAGAAGGAAGUUAUCGUUAAUGAGCAGGUCCGCAAGGUUGUCUAUGCGAUUCUCUCUGUCAAGGAUUUCAUAGGAUCUGCAGUCAGUGCGGAGCCACAUGCUGCCCUAGCAUGGGCUGGAGUCUUGGUCAUUCUUCCUAUCCUUCUAAACCCGGUCACACAAGACGAUGAUGCUAUGGCAGGUCUCGAAUACAUCUCAGCGCUUCUCCUCCGAUGCAAGGUUAUAGAGGAUACCUACCUUAAACCUUCAACUCAACAUCAAAGCAUGUCACAACCACUCCGAGAACUCAACAACUCGUUCAAAGAUAAGACCGUCCACCUCUAUUCUCAAAUACUGAAGUAUCAGAUCCAACUCGCCCGGCAAUGCUCGCGCGAGAGGCUCUUCCGCCUUUUGAGAGAUAUUGUGGUUCUAGACGACUGGAAGGUUUUACUGACGGAUCUGGAAAAGACCGAGGAACUCAUUAACAAAGAUCUGAGCACUUUCGACAGCAAUGCCUUGAAAGCUGUCGAUAAUAAGGUAUCCGAACUUCAGAACCAGGCUGAAAAAUCCUGGGCUUUGCUAAUGGAAAUGAAAGCUGGUGUCGAGAAUGUCAACCAAACCCAGCUGCUAGGAAAACUCCCUCGCGCAGAGUAUGCUGCGUUCAACACGUUUAAGAAGAACGAGCCUGCUCCUCCUGAAUGUCUCGACGGGACCCGAGUUAAUAUCCUCAACCAGAUCCAGGACUGGGGCGAGGGUGGCGGUGACGAGUGCGUCUUCUGGCUCAACGGCAUGGCGGGUACCGGCAAGUCUACUAUCGCUCGUACGCUUGCUCACCGCUUUCACGAAAAAGGACGCCUUGGAGCGAGUUUCUUCUUCUCGAAGGGCAAGAAGGACCUAGGUGACGCCGGCGCAUUCUUUACCACUCUCGCCGUCCAGCUGACAGAGGUGCUGCCGGUUCUCAGACCCCACGUCUGCGAUGCCAUAGCCGAACAUGGAGAUAUUGGCCAGCAAUCGUUGCCAGAUCAGUGGAAGCGCCUUAUUCUGCAGCCUUUGUUAAUGCUAGACAAGGGUCUACUUCCACCUUUAGUCCUGAUUUUGGUGAUCGAUGCUCUAGACGAGUGCGAGGGUGGCCAGGGUGUUCCUGUGAUCCUUCAACUUCUUACCGAGGUGAAGGGUCUAAAACUUAUACGAGUACGAGUUUUCAUCACCAGCAGACCAGAAACACCUAUUCGCCUCGGCUUCCACGAAAUGCCUGAAAUCGCUCAUCACGACCUCAUGCUCCACUCUGUCCCUCAGUUAGUUAUCAAACAUGAUAUCUCCCUUUUCUUGAGACACGAGCUGGGUAAAAUCAGUAGUAGACGCUCCCUUGAGGACUGGCCAGGUAAGGAGGACAUCCAGAAACUUGUUCAGAAAGCCGGUCGGCUCUUUAUCUACGCUGCAACAGCAUGCCGUUUUCUCAGCAAAUCCCGGUUUCCAAAAAGGUGCCUCUCUGAAAUGCUUCAGAUGAACUCCACUAGUCGUUCGUUCACGAAAGAGCUCGACGAUAUGUACAUGAUGGUUUUGAAAAAUUUAAUCAUUGAAGGCUACGAUGAGGACAACAAAGAUAUUGCUACGCUUUUCAAACAGAUUGUUGGAUCUAUUAUCAUCCUUUUCGACACACUUUCUGCUCCCGCUCUGACUGGACUGCUUGCGGUUUUACCACCUGAGGAGGUGAAUGAGACAUUAGAACCUCUACGCUCUGUUUUGAAUGUCCCGGAAGACAAAACCUCUCCUAUCCAGUUAUUCCACCUUUCUUUCCGCGACUUUCUCCUUGACAAGGAAAGAUGCGCCGAUCCGCAGUUCUGGAUCGACGAGAAAACAGCACACAAUGACCUGUUUGUGAACUGUCUCAAGGUCAUGUCAGAGCACCUAAGGAGAGAUGUGUGCGAUCUUCGACUGCCAGGAGCUCUUGCUGUCGACGUGGAGCAGAGCAAGGUGGAUCAAUGUCUUCCUGAUCAUAUUCAGUAUGCGUGUCGUUAUUGGGUUAGUCAUCUUCAGCAGAGCGAUAUUGAACUCAGCGACGAUGGGCAAGUUCACAAGUUUCUCAAAGAACACUUCCUUCACUGGCUUGAGGCUCUUAGCCUUUGCAGAAACAUGUCGGAAGGAGUAAUUUCUAUAGCGAAACUCGAGGCAUUAAUCCAGGGAAGAGCCGAUGCAUUUGCAUUAGUCGAGCUAGUUCGAGAUGCUCGACGAUUUAUCAUGUAUCACAAACAGGCAAUAGAGAGCAGUCCUCUUCAGGUAUAUGCAUCUGCACUUAUGUUUAGUCCAGCCCGCAGCCUGAUAAGGGGUCUUUUCCAUCACGAAGAGCCGAAAUGGAUUACGAUAAAGCCACCCAUGAGAGAUGAAUGGGGCGCGUGCCUGCAGACGCUCGAAGGCCAUAGCAAUUCAGUCAGCUCAGUGGCCUUUUCUCACGACUCGACGCGGCUGGCGUCAGCGUCAUACGACAACACAGUCAAGAUCUGGGAUGCGAGCAGCGGCGUGUGCCUGCAGACGCUCGAGGGCCAUAGCGAUUCGGUCAGGUCAGUGGCCUUUUCUCACGACUCGACGCGGCUGGCGUCAGCGUCAGUCGACAAGACAGUCAAGAUUUGGGAUGCAAGCAGCGGCGUGUGCCUGCAGACGCUCGAGGGCCAUAGCUAUUGGGUCAACUCAGUGGCCUUCUCUCACGACUCGACGCAGCUGGCGUCAGCGUCAUACGACAACACAGUCAAGAUCUGGGAUGCGAGCAGCGGCGCGUGCCUGCAGACGCUCGAGGGCCAUAGCUAUUCGGUCAACUCAGUGGCCUUCUCUCACGACUUGACGCAGCUGGCGUCAGCGUCAGUCGACAAGACAGUCAAGAUCUGGGAUGCAAGCAGCGGCGCGUGCCUGCAGACGCUCGAGGGCCAUAGCAAUUCGGUCACGUCAGUGGCCUUCUCUCACGACUUGACGCGGCUGGCGUCAGCGUCAGUCGACAAGACAGUCAAGAUUUGGGAUGCAAGCAGCGGCGUGUGCCUGCAGACGAUCGAGGGCCAUAGCUAUUCGGUCAACUCAGUGGCCUUCUCUCACGACUUGACGCGGCUGGCGUCAGGGUCAGUCGACAGCACAGUCAAGAUCUGGGAUGCGAGCAGCGGCGCGUGCCUGCAGACGCUCGAGGGCCAUAGCAAUUGGGUCAACUCAGUGGCCUUCUCUCACGACUCGACGUGGCUGGCGUCAGCGUCAUACGACAACACAGUCAAGAUCUGGGAUGCGAGCAGCGGCGCGUGCCUCCAGACGCUCGACAUUGGUGAGGCACUUAGCAAAAUAUCAUUUGACACUACUGGUUUGUAUCUUCACACUGAAAUUGGUACUGUUAGUGUUAGUGCAACACCAUUAGUUCCAAGUAGUACACCAACUAUCAUAGAGCCUCGGAAGCCUAGAAUUCAAGGCCUAGCGUUGAGUUCAAAUUGGAUAACACAUAAUUCUGAAAAGCUAGUAUGGCUGCCGUCAGAGUAUCGGCCGUCAUGUUCGGCAACGUCAGAGAAGACAAUCGGCAUUGGUGUUGGAUCUGGAAGAGUCUGGAUAUGUGAAAAUUUGCUUGACAUAUCCUAG